UAAAGCGGUGAUACGACAGAGUCGCCGUGUGAAAGAAAGUUUGGUUGGUGGUGAGAACAGGAGAGGAGUUGGCGCGUCGGAAAAAUCGUGGUUGGUGAAUCGUCGAACGAGGAGCAGCUCGGCUGCUCCUCGACCGAAGCGAACCAGCAUCACGCGGAACGGGGACCUGUCCGGAACGAGAACGAAGAGGUCGAGAUCGUGUGACAACGGGCAAUUGACAUGGACACGGUUGUUGCAGUGGUUGUGCGCAGUGAAUUUGUUACGUACGUGCACGGUCCAACGUACUCCGUGAGACGCGACAACAGUUUACCCGACGAGUGACGACAGUGAGAGGCUCGCCAACGACUCGGCCGAUCGAUCAAUCCUGGAUCGACGGGAUUUUUCUCGUCGGCUGGUUUCGGCAGCCGAACGAGUGAGAAUCGUGGUCGCCGCGAAGAGAAGAGGAAGAGAUCGAGCCGAUAGUAUGCGUUGACCGGUGCCGUUGGUCCCGAGUUGGUCCCGUAUCUCGAGGACGCGUCUGUCCACGUGGCGAGAGAAGACGAACGACAGGGCGAGCAGGGAUAUAGGAUAAAAGAAAGGAGGAGGCGCAGGUGGAGGAGGAGGAGGAGGUGGAGAGGGAGAAGGAGAAGGAGAGAAAGAGGGAGAGGAGAGGAAAGAAAAGGGAAGAAGGAAAGGAACGCGGUCGUCGACGAAGGGACGGUCGAUGGAUCACGGAGCGAUGGAUAGCGCUUCUGACCACAGCAGCCGCGCCAGCCCCGUAACCGGCAGUCCGAAACAUCCGCACAGCCCGUCGGCUCAGCAAGGUCAGCAACAGCUUCACGGGUCCCAGCACCAGCCACCGGCGUCCCAUCAACAGCCUCAUCCGCGGGACCAGAUCCGCGAGCAACAAUCCCAACAGCAACAGCACCGCGGCGUUCCCACGCCGGGAUCGCCGACCAGAGGCUCGCCGCCCCAAGGACUUCCGUUGAGUCCUCCGCCUCUUUCCGCCGGAGGAGCACCCGGCGCACCGCCAGGCAUGGUGCCCCGUAUGCCGGGCCUGCCGCCGCCGGGGCUAGGACUGUUGGGACAACUGGGCGGCAUGCUGAGCGGUCAUCACGGCUCGCCGCUCGAGCUGAUGGCCGCCCAUCACGCUGUUCUACCUCCGAGAUCGUACAACAGCCCUCCGCCGAUCAGCACCAGCGAUCCGACCGCGAACGAGUGCAAGCUGGUCGACUACCGCGGGCAAAAGGUGGCCGCGUUCAUCAUCGCCGGGGACACGAUGCUCUGCUUGCCGCAGGCGUUCGAGCUGUUUCUCAAACACCUCGUUGGCGGCCUGCACACCGUCUACACCAAGCUCAAGAGGCUCGAUAUAGUGCCGUUGGUGUGCAAUGUCGAACAGGUUAGGAUUCUGCGUGGACUCGGAGCCAUCCAGCCGGGCGUCAAUCGAUGCAAGCUGCUCAGCUGCAAGGACUUCGACAUACUCUACAGGGACUGCACCACGGCCAGCUCCAGGCCGGGAAGACCACCGAAGAGAGCUUCAGUCGGUUUGAGCCUCGCAGCCAGCCACUUGGCCGCUGCCACCACCGGCCACCACCCCCAGCAUUCGCUCAAGAAGCACAGAAUGGACAACGGGGAUUACUACGAGAACGGGCAUUUGGAUGUGCCGAGGAUGGAGAAGUCGCCGCUGCUUGCGAACGGGUACAACCAUCCGCCCACGCACCUCAGUCACAUGCAAUUCAUGCAACUGGGCGGACAUCCGGGCGCAGGACACACGGCCAUCCUGUCGCCGGCCAGUCUGCCGCAUCAUCUGCAGGCGCAGGCACAGGCGCGGGCCGAGCAGGGGCUCAAGGUGAACCCGAACAUGUCCAACAUGGAGGCGCUGGCGAGGUCCGGGACGGUUUGGGAAAACUGCCGUGCUGCCUACGAAGAUAUUGUCAAACAUCUCGAAAGGCUCCGCGAGGAGAGAGGAGACGCCGAGAGGGCACUCGCGUUGGACCAAAAACCCAGGGAUCUGAGCUCGCACAAUGGUUCCUCGAACGGGCACAGUCCCGUGCUCAACCUGUCCAAGACGGCGGGAAGCGGAAGCGUGGGCGAGCACUCCGGAAGCGAGGCAGAGGCGUCGCACCGUUCCCAAGACGACGAGGAGGAGGACGACAAUCUGUCCGAGGACCUGGACGACGACAACGAGAAGGACGAAGAUCUGUCGGACGUGCCGGAGAACCUGCCGUUGCCCGCGCCAGGAUCGGAGAGUCCUCAGGCCCUCAACUAUUCCCAGAUCGCCUCCGCGGCGGUUGCCGUUUCACAGGGGGGCCAGGAUCCCUCGGUCUCGAGUACGGAGACCCUGCUCAGGAAUAUCCAGGGCCUGCUCAAGGUCGCGGCAGACAACGCGAGGCAGCAGGAAAGGCAAAUCAACUACGAGAAAGCCGAGUUGAAGAUGGACGUUCUCCGAGAGAGGGAGGUUAAGGACAGUCUCGAGCGACAGCUUCAGGACGAGCAGAAGGUUCGAGUGAUGUACCAAAAACGGCUAAAGAAAGAACGAAGGGCGAGGAAACGCCUGCAGGAGCAACUGGACCUGGAGAUCAAGAGGCGCACGCAGCUCGAGGAGGCGUUGAAGGCAACGGGGGCUUCCUCCGAGCAAGUCAGAGCGAUUACCGAAAACGUGACGGUGGAGGCACGCACGAGUUCGGAGCCACCGGAAGCCAGUCCGGUACACUCGCAGUCGCAGCAACAGCCUUCGCAGCAACAGUCGUCCCAGCAACCCCUUCAACAGCAGCAACAGGCCCAACAGUACAGGGAGGCCCAGGUGCCGCGCCCCUCCCAACAACCCUCCACCCCCGAGAAACCGGCAUGGGGAUACGGGUUGGACCUGAUCGGCAGCCAAGCGUCCGCCUUCUGGCAGAACUACCAAGAAUCGCUGGUGCAAGAACUCGAGCUGGAGAGAAAAUCGCGGCAGCACCAGGCGGCCGAGAGGGACCAAGUCAAGUCUCCUCUUCAAGAAUCACGGACGGGUUAUUACAAGAACUCGGUUCUGUUCACGAGCGCAACCUAGAAGAGGAGGGCGGAGGAAGGAAGAAGAGGGGCAGAGCGCGUUCCAGCGAGCAGCCAAAACGAGUGAGAUCGAGAUCGAUCGGUGGAUGGGAACGCAGCGAGGGGGGAAAGUGUGCGCCCCCGCUGGCCGUCGAGGAAAAUCGG